GCCGGGCCGGCAAGGGUGCGGGGCCUGGGUUGUUCUGCUUGGCCGCUGGGCAGACUGACCUUCUGCGCCGCCGUCCAGCCCCGACGGGUUCCGCACCUUCCCAGGAGAAUGGCUUCGGAGAUGGAGUCGUCGCUGGAGGCAAGCUUUUCGUCCAGCGGUGCGGUGUCUGGGGCUUCAGUGUUUCUGCCUCCGGCUCGCUCCCGCAUCUUCAAGAUAAUCGUGAUCGGCGACUCCAAUGUGGGCAAGACAUGCCUGACCUACCGCUUCUGCGCCGGCCGCUUCCCCGACCGCACCGAGGCUACCAUCGGGGUGGAUUUCCGAGAACGGGCGGUGGAGAUUGAUGGGGAGCGCAUCAAGAUCCAGUUAUGGGACACAGCAGGACAAGAACGCUUCAGAAAGAGCAUGGUACAGCACUACUACAGAAAUGUACAUGCUGUUGUCUUUGUGUAUGAUAUGACCAACAUGGCUAGUUUUCAUAGCCUGCCAUCUUGGAUAGAAGAAUGCAAGCAGCAUUUGCUAGCCAGUGAUAUACCACGGAUUCUUGUUGGAAAUAAAUGUGACUUGAGAAGUGCCAUUCAAGUGCCUACAGACUUGGCACAAAAAUUUGCUGACACACACAGUAUGCCUUUGUUUGAAACCUCUGCUAAGAACCCCAAUGAUAAUGACCAUGUGGAAGCUAUAUUUAUGACCUUGGCUCAUAAACUGAAAAGCCACAAAUCAUUAAUGCUCAGUCAAUCCCCUGAUAAUGGAAUUACCCUGAAGCCUGAACCAAAGCCUGCAAUAACAUGCUGGUGCUAAAUAACAGUCUUUAUGAUAUCAGUAAAGAAAUACUUUUGAAAUA